CAUGAGCCAUGGCUGUUGUUUCACCAUGAGCCCAUAACUGUGUGACUCGCCAUGACUGGUACGAUUCGCACGCGCAGCCAGCCAUCGGUGGUGGCCAGCCAUGAAGAAUCAGAUCCCAAACCGCAUCACUGCUCUGGGCAUGUUCGGGGGAUCUUGGCCACACUGCUGGGAGCUUUGAGCCUGGCAAUUGCAGCACUCUUGGUCAAAGUGUGCGCGAAGUCCUUGAGCACACUAGACAUCCUAUGUGGACGCGCAAUCUUGCAGACCUGCUUUGUUGGUGUGGUCUUCCUGACCCGCUGCGAGUCUCCUUGGGGCCCGCGAAACUUGCGUGGCUGGUUGAGUCUUCGGGGCUUCCUGGGCUGCUGCGCCGUCGUUUUCUACUUCAUGGGGAUCAUUGCGUUGCCUUUGUCCGACAGCAUCUCAAUCUAUAGCGUCAAGCCCAUCUUCGCCGCGCUUUUGGGCGCAUGUGUCUUAGGCGAGCCCUUGACGUGCAUCCAUGCGAUUGCAACAGGUCUAUCGCUUUGUGGUUGCAUCUUGGUGGCGAAGGAGGAGCACGGAGCAUCCAAAUCCAAGCAUGCGGCAGACCUAUAUUUGGAUCCAGUCAUUGCCGUGGUGCUGCUCCUUUUGGCUGCCCUCAUGGCCGCUGGCACCACCAUCACCACGCGAAAAGUCAUGGCAGGAACAGCGCUGAAAGCCGAAGUGCCUGUGUGGUACUUUUGUUUCAUGGACCUCCUCCUGCUGGGCAUCGCGACUCCAUUUGUGUACGGCACCUCAUUUGGAAAGCGAUCUGGAGACAUUAGCUGGCAGCAUUUGGUCGCCCUCGCAGGCGUCGCGAUUUGCUCCGUCUUGGGGCAGCAACUUUUUACCUUGGGCUUGCGGCACAUCCCUUCGGCCUUGUCUACCUUGCUUUUGCAGAUGGAGACAGUGGAUGCGUUCAUCCUUCAAAUCGUUUUCGUGGGCAAGGUUGGCCCUAUGAGCCUCGUGGGCGCUUCUUUAAUUUGUAUUGGAACUGCUUCACUGGCCCUGUUUGAGUUGCGUGCAACCCGCAGGGAUGCAGAAUCCGAUUCGAGUCCCUUGAGUGGUGAUUCCUGCGGCGCCAGUGGCAGCAUCGACAGCCGCGACCUGGAGUCGCACCCGGUGGGUCAUGCUGUGGAGGAAGAAGCUGAACACCUGAACUGACCCGACCCGAAGACGUCAAUGCGUUUUGCACGGAAAAAGAUGAACCACGGUAUCAAGGUGUUUGAAGGUGUGUAGGAGAACGGUAUGGAGAUGAAGUUGAAUGAAGACGUGCAGCAAUGGUGUGCCUUUUGCUCGCCGACCAUGUGUUUGCCAAUCCGGUCCACGAUUGAUGGCCAUUUAUGGCCCCCCUAAGGGGGGGGGGGGCAGGACGGAUCAAAAAAGUUGUCUCUUGCAGGUGACUUUGCUGCUGAUUCAGAGUUGGCUAGAAAACAAGCGUCACGUCGAAGGGUUGCAAGGAGGAGUUUGGACUUGGACAACUAUAUUCAUUCUCGCAGUAUGAUUCUCAGCCAAUAUAGUUUGUUAGAUCUAUCUAUGUUGCACUGGUCUUAGGUAUUCG